UACAAAUCUAUCUGAUGGUGAUGCUCUCUAUCCCAUUUUUUUCUAGCUUACCAAGAAGUAAGCUGUGGUCUAUUUGUCAACUUCGAACUGAACCUGACUGCAACCAUCUUUCUGUUCUUCAGUUGCCAUACAGAGUGGGAAGGGGAAGGAGGUUGGAAUGCAUUACUAGACACAACAAAGAACUUUCUCCUGAGAAUCAAGGUCAUCUCUACUGGCAACAGAUAAGGUUCAGAAAGGAGUGCCUGAAGAGCCCACCAAUUAACCCAAUUGGCUAACGUGACCUGUGACACUAGGGGAUGGGGUUAUUUCCUAGUUUAAUUAUAUUGAAACCACGGGAAAGAUUUAGAUUUGGCUUUCCAUUGAAGCUGUGCCGAUAUGAUGUACUCAUUAAAGAAGACCUUUGAGAAAGACCCAAGCCUCAGAGUUCUAAUUUGCUUGAGUUCAUUUGUUGGAGCCUUGACAUUAAGCCAAAUCUCAUAAACCUACCCUGGGGUCCUGAGCCCCUACCGCCCUCCCAACAACAACAGAGGGAUGGAAAAGACUCAGGGAAGAUUGGAGAUGGAGAAGACGGAGGAAGCAACCAGUAAACCUAGCACUGACCCAGCCAGGGCAACCCACAGGCAAGUUGCUCAAGUGAGGUGGCCCUCCCACUGGUGGCCAGGCCAAACAUUUGUGUGGAAAGGACCGAGAAGCCAGUGACGCAGGAGGAAGUGAGGACUUUUACCAAACAGGUGGGUGCCCGGCACAAGUGAAUGCCAAAGGCCACUUAAGUUGAAUUUCCCCGCAGGUCCCCUUGGUCUCCAGCAGCUCUUGUCCCAAGAUGGAAAGCAAAGAAAACCGCCGAGUGGAGUGAGCACAGGGAAUGGAAGUACCUGACUGCCCUUCAUGGCUCAUUGGUAGAGUGGCUGAGGGAGAGGUUUGACCACAUGGAGAUCCAAGGAGUGGAGCCAAUGCGCAAUUGGACCACCCAUGGUGACAGCGGAUUCACCGGCUCAGCUGCUGCUGACUUGCCGGUGUCAACCCAACCCCAGUGGCACAAGCUGCCAGUCUGCCUCCCCAACUAGCCAGGAUAGCAAGUCCAACCCAAAGGCAGAGCCCCCCUCCCCCAAGGCAGCAGCAGGUUCAGCGGGGCAACCUCAGCCUCCUCCUGGAUGGCACGGGAACUCACCGUGGCCUUAAUAUUUGGUUCUCUGGUUCAUGGGCACCACCUCCUCCUCCACAAGCAGUCCCUCCACCAAUGAAGGUCACGUUUGACGGAGACUUGGAGAAAUUGGUGUUCUUCCUCAACCAGCUGUGGACCCACCCAGAUCACUACAGUCCAGCCUACCCAUUGGAUGUGGCGAUGAUGAAUGCCGUGAUCGCCAACCUAGAUGGGAAAGCUGUGGGGUGGGUGAAAAAACUCCAUAAUGAAGAUAUAUCAGAGUUGGGGAACAUUGAAACUUUCAUGGGGGAGCUGAGUGUCAGAUUUGAGGAAAAAUCCCAAGCCUUGCAAGCAGAAGCUGAAAUCCAAGACCUAAACCAGAGGGGCUGACCAGCAAAGGAACAUGUACAGCAGUUCCGCAGAGUGGCCAGCAAACUGAGAGACUGGACACACUGACUGUGGGUCUAAUGUUUUAAAGAGGGCCUGGACUGAGAACUACUACAGGCCUGCGUUUAAUGAGGGGCCCCUAAGUGAAUCUGUGACUGGUACUGGAUGGCCAUAGUGAUGGACUUUGAACUCAAGCAGUGCAAGCGCAGCGCACCUGAAUCAAAGCCUGAGCAGACGCAAGAGGUUCACCAGUUCGGACGUGGACCUGUCGCCAUGCUGCCCACUGACCCCCCUCCUGCUCCGGCCUGAGCCCCCAUCAAGUGCUUCAAAUACAGUCAGCAGGGUCAUCAAGCCACUGAAUGCCUGGCUCCACCCCAGCUGAAAGCGAUCUCAGUCGCAUCAUUUAACCCAAAAAAGCCACAGUGGAAGGGUCGGGGGAAGUCAAGCUUGGUAUGCCAGGCUGUCAAGGUCUCUCCCCCACCUUUGAGGGAGAGGGAACUCUGGCCAAGAGGGACCAGCAACCUGCCCCCCAUAACAAUGACGAUGAGGGUGAUUCGAUGAUUUGGAGCAGAGGUGGUAUUCAGCCGGUUUGCACCUGUUCAGGGGAACCGCUGGCCACGCCCCCGAACCGGUAACCCGGUCCCUGCUUGCUCACCCUGACCACCCAAUGCUCGCUUGCCCCGCCUGUCAGCCCGUCCGCCCCGCCACUGUUUGCAGAAUCUAGCCACGUACUUCUGCUCACCGCUGCUGGCAAAGACCAGAUAGUGUUGAUGUGGAUACUUUGGGCAGCCUGGAGAUAAAGUGGAUGUCAAUUACAGCUAUGUAAGCUACAAUUCUGCAAAGCUUCAGAAAUCCUAUAUAAUGGAGGAACUAUAUAAGGACACACAAAACCUACCCAUGGAUAUUACCACUUCACCCUCUGCUAUUGCUAACAACAAAUUAGAAAGUGGUGUAGCCCAGCUGAUAACAGCCGAAGCCUGGAAUAUCAAUUCGUCAGAUCUGAUGAAGAAAGCACUUUCACCACUUGUAACUGUGCCUGCUCCAUCAAUAUUAACACCACCAGCAGAAUCCCAAAGUGGGGUUGCUCUCAAAGUAGCUGCCACAGUGCUUCAGCCAAUUUGUUUAGGAGACAGUCCUGUGGUUCUUCCCAUACAUUUGCAAGUAGCAGGAAGCACCACUCCUCAGAUUGCUCCCAAUAGUAAUACUCCAUAUGUUAUGACCACCCAAGGCCCAGUCCCAUUGCCUGUUCUUUUAGAGCAGCAUGUAUUUCAGCAUUUAAAUUCUCCAUUAGUAUUACCUCAGAAUUCACCAUGUGCUCCCAGUUCCAUUCAUAGCAAUCUGUUCCAAAGUUCUGCUACUCCUAUUGGACAACCCCAACUGUUGGAUCAAAAACCUUCCAAUCCAACUCAAGAUUCUGUCCUGCCCCCUGUAUUUCAGACACCAGGAUUUGCUGCUGUGUUACAAGACCUCUUUCCUACUCAAGGAGCUUUGAGCUCUUUACCUUAUCAGCCACCUCCAGAAUGUCCUCUCCCAUCUCAGCCCUUCAGUUCUCCUUUGUCUCCAUUGGUUCCCCCAGCCACCUUAUUGGUGCCAUAUCCUGUGAUUGUGCCUUUGCCAGUCCCAGUCCCAGUCCCCAUUCCCAUUCCCAUCCCAGUUCCUCAUGGCGUUGAAUCUAAGGUUAAUUUAGACUACUCCAAACCAGCUGCUUCCUUUGUUUUGCAUUCAUGCAAAGGUACCCAGACUCCUUUGGAGAAGGAAGAAACUAAACUGUGUGAUUUUAUCCACCCCAGAGGAAUUUCUCAAUUGAAUCGGCACACUGUCAUUAAGAUGAGUAAUGAAAAUGAAGUCCUUGAUCUUUCUAUGAAAACAGCUCCUUUUCUUAAGGAAAACUAUGUUAAUUGCCAGAAUGCCCCCAAUGAUAGUGCUUUGGACUUGUCAAUUACUUCUUUUCGGAAGGUGAACAAUAUUGAGACAACAAACUUGAAUUGUUCUGGGUCCAUGAUAGAUGAAACUUCUCAUUCAGUGGCAGAUAACCCUCAUGAGAUCCCAACCAAGGCUGAAAACAGAGUGAUCAGUUCCAGCUCGUCUGAACUCCUAAGACAACAGUCCAAAUGGCUGGUGGAUCAGAAUAGUAUUGCAACUUGUGAACCCACAACUGGCAAUAAUAUAGAAAUUGUGAGUACUUCACAGACAGCCAAAGUGAUAGUUUCUGUAAAAGAUGCAGUGCCAACUAUUUUCUGUGGUAAGAUUAAAGGCCUCUCAGGGGUUUCUACUAAAAACUUUUCCUUCAAAAGGGACAUGCCUCAGGACUCAGGGCUGCAAUGUUAUGAUGUGAAGAAUCAGCCUGAAGUCCAGGAUAAUGCAGAAGCUCUUAGAAAACCUAUCAAAAACAGGAGUGUCAAGUUAAAGAAAAUGAACUCGCAAGAAAUACACAUUCUUCCUAUUAAAAAGCAGCGACUUGCAGCCUUUUUUCCAAGAAAAUAAUUUAUGAAGCUUUAGAAUGUUUUAAGGUAUAAUUAUUAUAAGUACUGUAAAGAGACUGCACUUCAUUUUAAAUUAUAUUCAAACUUUAAACUAUAUUUAAGUUAUUUCAAGAUGGAAGAUUAAAGAAUGGGUGGGGUACAGAAGACAGAAGAAUAUAUCUUGAUAUAUCUUUCCAAUGCAAUGCUUCCGUCAUCAGCAUGUUUUGUUCCAACUUUUCUUUAAAGUAAAUAAAAAGCAGCAUAUUUUUCAAGUGGAUCACACAUUUUCAGCUUUAAUGGAAUAUAAUGAAUGAGCAAGUCAGAGGAGUAAAAGCUAUUUCACUGCCAUAAAGUGCUUUGAUGAUGUAAUUCUAAACAGUCUUCUUGGUGGGAUAGGAACUUGGGAGAUUAUGAACAUAACUCAUGGUAUGUUAACUUCUGACACCUGGAGGAUUGAGUUCGUUGUGCAUUUAAAGAGGAACAUGACAUAAUUGGAAAUUUCAUCCAAGAGGUUAAGUGAAUUUUCAUUACUAUGCAGAUAACAUGCAGUUCUGUACAUUUUCCUUAUCUUAAUUUGAAGAUGAUGUAAGAUUUGAAACAUUGGUGAAAUAGCAUUGAUGAAAUAUUGUUUGAAAUUCUGGUGGAAAUCUUUUUUUAACUAGUGCAAUUCUUCUUUCUAUGAAAUGUUUAUUUUAACUUUGGUUUCUUGGGUUUUGAUUUUAUUAUUUUGUAUGCACUAACCAAAAUCUUGCAGUCAAAUAAAAUUAAUUUUAGCUCCUUUUAA